GGCGGAAGAGGCCACCCCGCUGCUGGCACCGCCUCGGCCCCGGUCCGUGUCUGAGGAGAUCCCCUCUCCUGGGAGAGGGGGAGGAGAGCGAGGAGAGAGCGGGAUAACUUCUGCCCGUUGAAAAAAGAAGGAGAGGAGGACGAAAAAAAAAACAAAAACAAACCGCAAUCUCGUUUGUGGGACGUCUUCAAAGCUCGGCGUAGCGCCAGGCCCCCGAGUUCCCAUAGGACGCACCGACGCUGGUGGACCUCGCCACGGCGGCAGGAGGAAACCUGGUUGCAGUUGCCGCAGCGAACUCCUGCACGCCUUAGAGACUCCUGGGCUUUCCGGCUGGAAGAUGCGUCCUGCCGCAGGAGCGUGCUGCUGCUGAGGAGCGUGCGGCUGUGGAACAUGCUUGCCUUUGGGAUUAUGUGUGGAGAAAGGCCGUCGGUCCUGGGGAGAGCUGGCUGGUGAACCUGUCUGACUUUGUCCCCUUCUGGGGAAGUGGCUUCAAUGGCUCCAUCUCCCAGGAGAAGCAGUAGGAAAGAUGCCAAUGCCUUGCCAAGCAUGUCCUCAACUUUCUGGGCUAUCAUGAUCCUGGCUAGUCUCCUGAUCGCUUACUGCAGUCAACUGGCUGCAGGUACAUGUGAGAUUGUUACUUUGGACAGAGAUAGCAGUCAACCCCGAAGGACUAUAGCUCGACAAACAGCUCGCUGUGCAUGUAAAAAAGGACAGAUUGCCGGUACAACAAGAGCAAGGCCAGCCUGUGUUGAUGCACGAAUUAUCAAAACAAAACAGUGGUGUGAAAUGCUGCCGUGUUUAGAAGGAGAAGGCUGUGAUUUGCUAAUCAAUAAAUCAGGCUGGACCUGUACACAACCAGGAGGUCGGAUAAAGACAACCACGGUCUCCUGACAAAUACAGCAACACAGAAUCCUCGUAGGAGUGGUUUAGGCUCUGUGUGAGCUACUUAACUUAGUCAAGUUUCACUGCUGUGGACCAUCAUCCAUUAUAUGUCAUCAACUCAACUGUCUGUUUAUCUGUAUCUCAUGAAAGACAGCAUAAUUUCUCUACAUUAUGAGCUAAAGUUUGUUCUACCAUACUAAGGAUCGCUGGACUAAGGAAUAUAGAAAAAAGAGAUAUGCUUGGGCAUUAGCAAUACAAAAAAGUUCAUGGUUAAUGUUUCAUCUGCGUUAUACACCACUGCUGGACUUGCUGUUACCUACAUGUUUUAAUCUGAAGAGUCUGCUACAAUGAAGAGUAUCAUCCCAAUCAGCCUUAGAGAAGACUGUUUUGCCUAUGGGAGGACACUGAGGUUCAAAAGAGAAACUCUUCUUGUGCCCUAAACUGUCUGAAUUGCUUUUAUUUUCUUAUACUUUCAAUAUAUACAAUAGACCAAAGAGCCAAAUCUAUUUUAAAGUGGACACAAUCUUACUGUUAACAGAGUUAUGUUGUUAAAUCGUAGGGGGUCUCCACAAAGACAUGAUUCCAGCUUUCACAAAGCUGAGAUGCUGUCCAGCAGAAGUCUUUAUGGAAAGCUGCAGUAAAAACUAACCCAGAGACCAGCUCUUGAAAUGACACAUUUGAGAGAACGUAAUGGAGCACUGAAAGGAAAUGACCUAUGUUUGAAAAACUUGGGACAAAAAGAACAUAAACUGUCUACAAGGCACCUUUAUUCCUCUGUACUUAGAUUGACUUUCUCGUACUAAAAUCAUUUUCAGUUUUAACCAGUUAAACAUGCCUCUUCUACAGUUCCAUUUUUGAUAGUUAAAGUUGGAUAAUACAGUAUUUGCAAAGAGCAUGUUUGGUCAUCUGUGGCCUAUGUCUCAUCUGAUACACCAUUUAGCACCAGAAAGCAAAUUAAAGAGAAAACAAAAGUAACACUUGUUUGAAAGAGAUCAUUAAAUGUAUUUUGAAAAGCCUAAAGUUAUAUAUUUAACAGUUUUUAUAUGUUGUAUAUUUGUAGAAAAUCCUAUUUAACAAUUAACGUGAUGACUCUGACAGUCAUGACAAGUGGUUCAGAGUUAAGUUGUGUUUUAUUACUUCAGUUGUCUCUGAAGUGACUGGUGUCGUUUGCUUUCUUCCAUUGGGACAUUCUGGAUGUAAAGCAUGACGAGAGAGGACUGUGUAGAAAAAGCAAAGAAUAAUGUUGUUUAUAUUACAUAAAUGCAUUCAACCAUUGCACUGUUAGAAGGCUUUUUUUUUAAUUUUUUUUUAUUUUUUUGUCUUUAUGUACUGAU